AUGGCAGAAAGAAUACUUCAAGAAAUAGCUGAACAAAAAAAGCGUCUUACAAAAGCGCAAAUCAAUAAAAACACGGCAGAGAAAGCAGAUGCCUACUGCAAUCUAGGCGAGAUUUAUUACUCCCUCAGUAACUUCCAUCAAGCAAAAGAGUACCAGAAGCAACACCUGAGCAUUACCAAGGAAGUUGGUGACAGGGCAGGAGAAGGAUGUGCCUAUGGCAAUCUCGGCCGUACUUAUAAGUCCCUCAGUUACUUCCAACGAGCAAUAGAGUACCACAAUAAACACCUCAGCAUUGCCAGGGAAGUUGGUAACAGGGCAUGCGAAGGAACAGCCUAUAGCAAUCUCGGCGAUGCUUAUAACUCCCUCAGCAAAUUCCAACGAGCAAUAGAGUACCACAAUCAACACCUGAACAUUGCCAAGGAAAUCGGUGACAGGGCAAGAGAAGGAGUUGUCUAUUAUAAUCUCGGCGCUGUUUAUUACUGCCACAGCGAAUUCCAACGAGCAAUAGAGUACUUCAAGAAAAACCUGAGCAUUGCCAAGGAAAUCGGUGACAGGACACAAGAAGGAGUUGCCUAUGGUAAUCUUGACGAGGCUUAUCGAUCCCUCAGAAAAUUCCAACGAGCAAUAGAGUACCACAAGAAACACCUGAGUACUACCAAGGAAAUCGGCGACAGGGCAGGAGAAGGACGUGCCUAUGAUAAUCUCGGCUUUUCUUUUCGAUACCAAAAGGAACACGUGAGUAUUGCCGAGGUAUUCAGUGGCACGAGAGAAGAAGGAAGUGCCUAUGAUAAUCUUGGCGUUGCUUAUAACUCCCUCAGCGAAUUUCAACAAGCAAUAGAGUACCACGAAAAACGCCUGAGGAUUGCCCAGGAAAUCAGUGACAGGAGAGAAGAAGGAAGUGCCUAUCAUAAUCUCGGCGUUGCUUAUAUCUCCCGCUUCAAAUUCCAACAAGCAGUAGAGUACUUCGAGAAACACCUCAGGAUUGCCCAGGAAAUCGGCGACAGGAAAGGAGAAGGAACUGCCUAUGGUAAUGUCGGCGCUGCUUUUUGCUCCCUCAGCAAAUUCCAACAAGCAAUAGAGUACUUCGAGAAACACCUCAGGAUUGCCCAGGAAAUCGGCGACACGAAAGGAGAAGGACGUGCCUAUGGUAAUCUCGGCGUUGCUUAUACCUCCCUCAGCAAAUUCCAACAAGCAAUAGAGUACCUUGAGAAACACCUGACCAUUGUCAAGGUAAUCGGCGACAGGAAAGAAGAAGGACGUGCCUAUAAUCAUCUCGGCAUUGCUUAUGAAUCCCUCAGCGAAUUCGAACGAGCAAUAGAGUACCACGAGCAAGGCCUGAGGAUUGCCAAGGAUAUCGGCGACAAGGCAGGAGAAGGACGUGCCUAUUGCAAUCUCGGCGUUGUUUAUCAUUGCCUCAGCGAAUUCCAACAAGCAAUAGAGUACCACGAGCAAAGCCUGAGGAUUGCCGAGGAAAUCGGUUACAGGGUAUUAGAAGGAGCUGCCUAUUUAAAUCUCGGCACUGUUUAUUGUUCCCUCGACGAAUUCCGAAGAGCAACUGAGAACUGCAAUAAACAACUGAACAUUGCCAAGGAAAUAGGUGACAGGGCAGGAGAAGGAGAUGCCUGUGGUCUUCUCGGCAAUAUUGCUCAAUCCCUCUGCGACUUCCCAAGAGCAAUAGAGCACCACAAGAAGAAACUGAGCAUUGCCAAGGAAAUCGGUGAAAGGAAAAAAGAAGGAAAAGCCUAUUGCUCUCUCGGAUCAGCUUAUGCAGCUCAAAAGAACUUCAAAGAAUCAAUGGAGUACUAUAAGCAACACCUGAAAAUUGCCGAGGAAAUCGGUGACAGGAAAGGAGAAGGAUGUGCCCAUUGCAACCUGGGUAUAGGCCUUUUAAAAUCAGGUUUUUUGAAUGAAGGUUUAGAUCAUUUAAGACUCGGUUUAAAAAUCUAUGAAACAAUAAGAGCCAGAUUUAUUUCCGAAGACGGAUUGAAAAUAAGUUUUCAUACGAAUCAUCAAUUUUUCUAUACUCAUAUUUGGAAAACUUUAGUCAAGCUUCAGAGGAAUGAUGAGGCUUUAUACGCUGCUGAGAGGGGACGGGCACAGGCUUUGGUCGAUGCCUUAAAAGUAACUUAUGGCCUUACAUCACUUUCGCCCAGCUCAAUUGAAUCUGAAGAAGAAGUCAAAUAUCUUUCAAUGAACACAACUGUUUUAACAGUUUUUCUUGCCCUGCAAAAGAAAACAGUCAAUAUCUGGGUGUUGGGAAAAGAGGGCAACCCUAUUUUUAGGCAAGCGGAGAUAGAAAUUGGUCGUGAACACGAAGAUUCCUUUACUCUGCUUUUAGACACUGUUUUGAAAAACAUUAGGGCUGGCGUCGGUAUUAGGUGCGAAAAUCGGUCAAUGGAUAAGCUGAGUGAUGCCUCAACUCCCUCAAGUACUCGAGACGACAAUCAAACAUCGGAGUCAUCACAGGAGAGCACCGACCUUUUACAACCAUUAUAUGAUGCAGUUCUUGGUCCCAUUGAAGACUUGCUUGAUGGUGAUGAACUAAUUGUAGUUCCUGAUGGCGCUUUGUGUAAGGCUCCUUGGGCAGCCCUGAGUGAAACUUUAAGGAUCCGUACUGUUCCCUCACUGGCAAGUUUGAAAGUCAUCACAGAUUCUCCAAUUGAAUACCACAGUAAAAGUGGAGCCCUACUUGUUGGAGAUCCAUGCUUGAAGAAAAUUACGGAUAAACGGGGGAACCGCAUUUAUGAUCCUCUGAGGUACGCAAGAAUGGAAGUGGAGAUGAUUGGAGAAAUUCUAAAGAGUCAACCUUUAACAGGUGAAGAUGCAACCAAAGAAGCGGUACUUCGGAGAAUCGGGUCAGUUGCUUUGGUACACAUUGCAGCCCAGGGAAGGAAGGAAACUGGAGAAAUUGUUUUGGCCCCAGGCCCCCGAUGGAAAUCCCACACUCCUAAGGAGGAGGACUGUAUUAUGAAAAUGUCUGACAUACAAGCUGUUAGGCUGAGAGCGAGAUUGGUUGUGCUUAGUUACAGCCACAGUGGUCAAGGAGAGGUCUCGUCUGAGGGUGUGGUCGGUAUGGCACGUGCUUUCUUGUUUGCUGGUGCUCGUUCCGUGCUGGCGACACUCUGGGCAAUUAAUGACAAAGCCACAAUGAUCUUUAUGAAAUCUUUCUACCAACAACUUGGAAGUGGAGAAAGUGCAAGUGUUGCUCUUCAGAGGGCCAUGAAAUGUCUUCGAGACUCCCACGAUUAUUCUGCUCCAAAGUACUGGGCUCCUUUUGUUCUGAUAGGCGAUGACGUUAAGAUUGAAUUGGAAGAAGAGUCAUUGAGCAAGUCGUAA